GCAUCUGAAAAAUUAAAGAGAAGCAUGUCUUUUUUUGGAUAAACCCGCCGUAAGAUUAUUUUCAGCUAGCCAUCCAGCAACCAGAGAACCGGAGAAGGUGGAAGGAAAUGAUAUCCCCUUCACUCUCCCUCUCACUCUCAGUCCCUUGCAAUCCAAAACCGCCAAAAUGGUUUUUCAACUUCAGUUUCAGGCCUUCGCCCACAGUUCCCCUUCAUUGCUCUCAGGGAAGAAGCAUUGCUAUGCCUGCAUAUGACCAAGAUGAGGAAACUGGGAGAUUGAACACUGCAUCGAUCACAAAUGACAAUGUUUUGUGUAGUGACUCGUCAUUGCUUCAGCGAAAUGAGCUACCUCCUCUAGUCAGUGCAUUGAAAGCAUCAGCUGAACAAAACACUGCCAGUUUUCACUUUCCUGGGCAUAAUAGAGGCAAUGCCGCACCUGCUUCGAUGGCCCGGCUCAUUGGAAUAAGACCAUAUUCUCAUGACUUGCCUGAGCUUCCAGAGCUUGACAACCUCUUUUGCCCCCAGGGGCCCAUAUUGGAAGCGCAGAAAGAAGCAGCCAAACUGUUCGGAUCGUCGGAGACGUGGUUUCUUGUUGGAGGUACUACUUGUGGGAUCCAGGCAGCAAUAAUGGCCACUUGUUCACCGGGAGAAUUUCUGAUUCUUCCUAGGAAUUGUCAUUUGUCAGCUAUAUCUGCUAUGGUAUUAUCUGGUGCAGUGCCUAAGUACAUCGUUCCUGACUAUAAGAAUGAUUGGGACAUCGCCGGUGGUGUCACUGCAUUACAGGUAUUGAAAGCUAUGCAGGAACUAGAAAAGGAAGGGAAAAAAGCAGCAGCUGUUUUCAUCACUUCACCUACUUAUCAUGGUAUUUGCAGUGACUUGAGCGAGAUUUCGGAGUUGUGUCAUUCUCAUAAAAUUCCUUUGAUUGUUGAUGAAGCUCAUGGUGCACAUCUAGGAUUUCAUUCUGAACUACCUAACUCUGCCCUCCAGCAAGGGGCUGAUCUGGCUGUACAGUCUACUCACAAAGUCCUGUGCUCUCUUACUCAAUCAUCUAUGCUUCACAUGUCAGGUGAUAUUGUAGAUAAGGAAAAAAUUUCUAGAUGUCUCCAAACUCUUCAAACCACAAGCCCUAGUUAUCUGCUUUUGGCAUCCCUAGAUGCUGCUAGAGCACAACUUAGUGAAAGCCCUGAUACGGCAUUCAACCACGCAAUCAAAUUAGCCCGUGAAGCAAAGUGCCAGCUAAAACAAAUCCCUGGUAUCUCAGUGCUUGAGAAUUCAAGCUUUCCAGCCUUUCCUGGUACUGAUCCACUGCGGCUUACUGUAGGGUUUUGGAAGCUUGGUUUAUCAGGUUAUGAAGCUGAUGAAAUCUUAUACAGUGAUUACGGAAUCGUCUGUGAACUUGUUGGGAAUAAGUCUAUCACUUAUGCCCUUAAUCUUGGAACUCGUCGCAACCACGUCGAAAGGCUACUAUUGGGAAUAAAGCAUCUAGCUGCAGCAUAUUUUUCCACUCGGCAACCUGAAGAAAGAGUGCUCACUACUGGUCAUGCACCCUUUGAUGAUAUAAUCAUGAGUUUGAUCCCUAGAGAUGCCUUUUUUGCAAGUAAAAGAAAAGUAACAUUGAAGGAGAGCAUUGGUGAGGUUUCAGGGGAGCUUAUAUGUCCAUACCCUCCAGGCAUACCGGUAUUGAUCCCUGGUGAGGUUAUUACCGACAAAGCUGCUGAUUAUCUACUUCAUGUCAGGAGUAAAGGUGCUGAUAUUAGUGGAGCAUCUGAUCCCUCUCUUUCUUCUGUAGUUGUUUGCAAUGUAUAGUGAAAACAAUUGAGGAGAAGAAGUACCCUGAAGUUAAAACUUCCCAAGUGCCCUUUUUGCGUCACGCCAGAAGGUUAUAACUUCUGAUAGACUUCACUCAGCUGGGGAAAUUUGUAGUUAGUUAGUCUAUACUCUAUAGUAAUGGCUGUUCAACUUAGUUACUUUCCUCUCAUUUUGAUGGUUUAAAAUUAAAAUGGAGGGGUUGUUCAGAAAAAAUUUCCUCUUGAAAAUGCUACCAGAUUCGGAUGCUUUAGAGAUAUAGUUAAGAGUCAGAAGAAUAUGGCUACAAGCAAACCAGGAUGUAGCCAUAAAAAAAUGAGAACUACUUUGAUGUAUAAGUAUAUAUUUAGUUGAUAGAUUUACUGAAUGUUAGACAAGAAUAGGAAGGAUUAGUUAAUCAUUUCUUGUAGGAGAUAUACGAUGUACACUGUUUCAUGAUUUGUACACGCCAUUCUAUGGUUACUGGAAAAGUCAAUUUUUGAGGAGUCAAUGCCGGAUACCUGCAAUCACUGCAGGGUAUAGAUGAUCAUCUUGGUCCUUACUACUUGUUUCUGUUUUCAUUUGUCAAAAUUAAAUAGUCGUUUGGAAUAUAAAUUUCAACUUUUAAUUUUCUA